GUGCUUCCUUCUCCCUACUCUACUCCCUCACACUCGUCGCUCGCAACGACAUGGUGAAGGAAGGCAACACCACCGACGGCGCCUGGGCUUGGCACGGGCACGGCCGCGAUGAGGUGACCAUCACGGCCGUCUCGACGGUGGCGCCGGCGCUGCCUGUGCAGGAGCACCGCCUGCCGCUGUCGAACCUGGACCUCAUCCUGCCGCCCAUCGACGUCAGCGUCUUCUUCUGCUACGUCCCCGCCGCCGGCGGCCGCGGCCACCACCACCCGGCCGCGGUCCUCAAGGCGGCGCUGGCAAAGACGCUGGUGGCGUACUACCCGCUGGCCGGGGAGGUAGUGGCCAACGCGGCGGGCGAGCCGGAGCUGCUGUGCAGCGGCCGCGGGGUGGACGUCGCGGAGGCGACCGCCGACGGCACCGCGCUGCAGGACCUCCGCCUGAGCCUGCCCGACGAGAGCGUCGAGCCGCUCGUGCCCAAGAAGAAAGCCGGCGUCAUGUCCGUGCAGGUGACCAAGUUCAAGUGCGGUGGCGCCGUGGUCGGGUGCACCUUCGACCACCGCGUCUGCGACGCCUACUCCUUCAAUAUGUUCCUCGUCGCUUGGGCCGCAGCUGCCCGUGGCGGCUCAGCGCCUCCGGCCCCGUCCUUCCACCGGUCGUUCCUCGCGCCGCGUGAACCAGCACCACUCUCCACCGCCGGCGGCAACAACCUCGCGGACCGCCUCUUCGUCCCCGUGAGCCGCGCGCCGGCCCUACCAGACACAGCCGCCGCCAACCGCAUCUACUGCGUGUCCGCUGACGACGUCGCGGCGCUUCAGGCCUCGGCGGGGUCAGGGCGCACGAAGCUGGAGGCGUUCACGGCGCACCUGUGGCAGCUCUACGCCAGGGCCGCAGCGGCCUCGCGGCGCCAGCAGCGGUGCCAGUCGUGCUGCAUGGGCGUGGUGGUGGACGGGCGCAGUCGCCUCCGCCGCGACGGCGCCAUGGAGGCCUACUUCGGCAACGUGCUGACCAUCCCCUACGGCGUCAUGGGCACCGACGCCCUGCGCGGCAUGGCGCUCGGCGACGUGGCCGGCGACGUGCACCGGUGGGUGGCGGAGGCCGCGACCGGCGAGCACUUCCGCGAGCUCGUCGACUGGGUGGAGGAGCAGCGGCCGGAGCCCACGGUGGCGAGGGCGUACCUGGGCCGCGGCUACGGCGGCGAGGACGCGAUGGCCUGCGUGGUGUCGUCGGGGAUGCGGCUCCCCAUUGGCGAGGUGGACUUCGGGUGGGGUCGGCCGGCGUUCGCGUCGUACCACUUCCCCUGGCCCGGCGGCGCAGGGUACGUGAUGCCGAUGCCGAGCGCGCGCGGGGACGGCGACUGGGUGGUGUACGUGCACGCGGCGCCGGAGGUGGUGGGGGUGAUGGAGGCGGAGCCGACGAUGUUCAGAGCGCUGGAGGGUAGCGACAUUUUCGGGUGAAUUGUUAAGUGCCUGGGCGGUCGGCUGGGGCCCAGGGUGCGAGCAGGAGCAGCUGCUGGAACGUGAUGGCGCCAUCGUGACAUCGUCGUCCGUAUACGUCUGUUUGUAUGUACGUACGUGUCUGGUUCGUGGUUUACGUUAUGUUGGGUUCAAUCCGUAUUACCGUGCGUGUAGUACGCGUGUGCUGUGUAACACGUACGUACGUAGUAUACUAUAUGUGGGGUGUGUACGUACGUGUUCAUGCAUACCUGUGGAACUUGGGGGUAAAGUGUACUAAUAAGUGAAAAUUGUGUAUAUAUACAGCAUUAUGUCCGUACUACGUUGGAUCUGGUAAAAAAACGGCAUAACAAUUGUAAUUUA